AUGCGUAUUCUCAGAGCUGAAACAGCGAGCUCGAGCUUCACAACGAACGAAACCGUAAGUGGACGUGGAGGGAGACUAGCCGAGCUGGAGUCAAAGCUCACCGAUAUCAUUGGUCUUCUAUCACAAUCUAGCGCACCCCUUCCUGGAGUCCAAACACCCGUUGAUCUAGAUUAUGGGCUGGCUGAGAUUCCUGAAUAUUCCAGCGACAACCCACACCCAACAGCUGAAUGGAUGAGCCAAGGGUACCUGGCUGGUCCUGAAUUGAACGAAGCCCUAGGGGCGAGCGAAGAGCAGAAUACCACCGAAGUUGUCCCAGAAAAGUCUUGGGACGCCACUACGAUGGACGCCGCGUGGAUUACCGAAUUAGGACUCGGUCCUGUCGUCCUCGAGCAUCUUCUAGACAAGUUCCGCGGUAUGGCGUCCUAUUUUCCAUUUGUGCAGCUUUCAUACGCCUGGACUGCUGCAUCGAUGGCUGAAGACCGCCCCUUCUUAUUGCUUGCAGCUGUUGCUGCUGCUUCCUCACAGUACUGUCACCUUCAAGACGCCCUGAUCAGACAAUUUAAGCAGACUCUCAGUCAGCGGGUAAUCAUAGCUGGCGAGAAAGAUCUAGAUCUGCUCCAGGGAUUACUUGUUCACCUUGCCUGGUACCAUUUCCACUUUGUUCCAGGAAGUGCACAAUACUACCAGUACUUACAAAUCGGCAUCGGUAUGGUCAUUGACCUUCGCCUUGAUCAAGAAGCUGCCAACUUGCUUGAGCAACGAACCAAGCUGGGUGAUGCUUAUAUCCGAGAAGCAUGCCGUGCUUAUCUAGGCUGCUAUUACAUGUCUAGCAUAAUAGCAAUGUCUUCGGGAAAGCCCAAUAAUCUCCAGUUUCACGAGGCCAUGCUUCGGUGCGCUGUGAUGCUGCAGCAACAGCCAGAAUUCGACACAGACCUUUUGAUAUACCCAGUAACAAAAGUGCUACAGUUCGCCGAGGAAGUCUGCGAGACUUACCGGUCCGAAGGUAUUCAUGGGACUCGGCUGUACAUCCAUGCUGAACGAUUCACGACACGGUUAGAGGAAUGGUGGUCGUCUCUAUCGACGGAUCUUCGCAACACGGUGUUGCUGAUCAACUGCUAUCAUACUGUCAAGAUCCGGAUUCAAGAAAUGGGCUUGGUAUAUUGCUACGGACAGAGAAGGCCACCGUCUCCAAAGGCACAAGAGGAUUCCACCAUGUUAUCUACACCUCCAAUGGUCAUCAGCAACUUGGUCAAAUGCGUCAGCUCCACCAAGGAGUAUCUCGAUUUGUUCUUCACCAUUCCCGCUGCGGAGCAUAAUAGCUUGCCAAUUUCCGCGUGGUAUCAAGUCAUUUUGACGAUAUUUGUGCUUUACAGGUUGUCUGUGGGACUGCCAGAAGUACCUGAAUGGAACGGGGAGAUUGCACAGGAAACUGUGAAUCUGGAGGAAUACCUUGAUACACUGCUAUCUAAUCUACAGGCUAUUAAACCAUCGCCAGAUAGACAAAUACCCACCAAGAGCCUCUUUUCAAUGCUGCAUGAGAUUAUAGGAAGUGUGAAGAAUUCCUAUGCAUUGACAAAAGAGAAUCUCGCACAUGUCCAUGAUAGUCACCAUGCGCAUCACGACCUUGGGGCUUCAAAAAACACAGCCGCAUCUGCUCAAGGGCUGCACCGCUGCCCUGCGUUGCGGUAUUCGAGUCGCCGCGUCGCUCAAGCUCCGGAUCAGCCUACACUACAAAACGCCAUUGCUACGGAAGUCCAGAAGAUAGGAGAUGAGAAGCUGUGGGGUGAUAUUCUAUUGAUGGAUGCAUUUCAUAGCAUGACAGGUUCAUCAGCUACAGCGUUUUGA